AUGAAGGUUCCAUCCACUUUAGCUAUUAAUUACUCACGCAUUGUAUGGGAUAUGACUGAAUAUGGCAUUCCACCUCUAGAAAACAAUGCCUUUUUCAUUGCAACUCGUCAAAUUGUUACUUAUGAUCAGACCGAAGGUCAUUGUCCGAGUGCUCUGAAAUCUAAGCUUUAUUGCGAUAAUGAGAUGAGAAAACGCUGUCAAGCUGGCAAGGCAACACCAAGUACAUCUGGCUUUUUCACGGGUAAUUGUGUACCAAGUCAAGAGAAUGCAUCGAUCAAUGUUUGCGAAAUCAAUGGCUGGUGUCCCGAAGAAUCGAGCGUAUCCGCAGAUUAUCAAAUCAGUAUCUACGAUUUAAGCAAUUUCACCAUUUUUAUAAAAACAGCAGUAACAUUUCAACGAUUCAAUAUACAUCUGCGAAAUCUUCGAGAUGAUACAAAUUUCUCUUGUCGCUAUCACAGCAUUCGAGAUCCACGUUGUCCUAUCUUUCGUCUUGGCGAUAUCUUAGAGAAAUUUCAAACGAACAUGCUAGCUCUUCUCAAGGAGGGUGGUGUAAUUGAAAUCGAGCAAAAGUGGACAUGCAACUUUGACUACGAUAAACGUUUGUGCUAUCCAGACUACGUUUUUCGUCUGCUGCAAAGUGGUGACGACAAACAGUCACCCGGCAUUAACUAUCGUAUGGCACAUAAAUAUCGUCUGAACAAUACUACCUAUCGAACUCUAUCCAAAGUUCACGGUCUUCGUUUUAUUGUAUCAAUCUCUGGUAUUGCAGGACGAUUCAAUGCAGUUCAGUUGUUUCUCGCUAUCGGAUCUGGCAUUGGCUAUAUGGUUAUCGCAGGACUCGAUAAUCUAUUUCGAAUAAUUGUAUCAAAUCCUGAUAGUUCAAAAGUAAAUGAUGUCUAUUCACUUCUUGGUACAUUAACUUUGUCUUCUUUUUGA